CGUAGCCUACUGCUAGCCUUCUAGCUGGUUUGCUAACAAGAAAGAAGAUGGAUUCUCCCAUUCUGGAACCAUCCCUGUACACUGUCAAAGCAGUUUUGAUUCUGGACAACGAUGGCGACAGGCUUUAUGCCAAGUAUUAUGACGAUACAUACCCGACAGUGAAGGAGCAGAAAGCCUUUGAGAAGAACAUAUUCAACAAAACACACAGGACGGACAGUGAGAUAGCGUUACUCGAGGGCCUCACUGUUGUCUACAAGAGCAACAUAGACCUCUUUUUUUAUGUGAUUGGAAGUUCCCAUGAAAACGAGCUAAUGCUUAUGGCUGUUCUAAAUUGCCUUUUUGAUUCGCUCAGUCAGAUGUUGAGGAAAAAUGUUGAGAGGAGGGCUUUGUUGGAGAAUAUGGAGGGGCUCUUCCUGGCUGUGGAUGAAAUUGUAGAUGGGGGGGUGAUCCUAGAGAGUGACCCGCAACAAGUCGUGCACCGUGUGGCUCUCAGAGGGGAUGAUGUGCCUUUGACAGAGCAGACAGUCACACAGGUUCUCCAGUCUGCCAAAGAACAAAUCAAGUGGUCGCUUCUGCGAUAGUGAACAUACCAGUGAGCCGCUGUUCAGCCCAGUCUUCAUGGCACUGAUCCACACAUUCUCCCUUUUGACUGAUUUCCACUUCGUCAAUCAAAGCUGUAAGGAGUACCAGUGGCUGAUCCAGUCACACUCCUAGGACUGCUGCUUGACAAAUUUUUUUUCUCCUUUAUUCUUUUUUGCACAGGCUUCUGUUGUAUGACAUACUCAACAUGAGGAUAAGAUAGGGUGUACAUUCCAGUUUCAGAGCUGUCCUGUUUUGUUUUGUUUGUUUUUUCAUUAUAGUACCUGGGUGUUUAUUAAACCAGCGUAUCUGUCUAUAAAAAAAAAAAAAUGAUAAACCUCAUUGUAGCCUGUGGCAGCAUUCCAUGUGUCUUCUUGAACAACAAUUUAAUCCUGUUUGACAGCGCCCUGUCAUCUCCUCUGGUCGAAGUAUUAAGGCACUAUCACUUCAUUUAUGUGAAUAUUGUGAUUAAAAAGUGUAGUUCUGUAGUCAUACUACUGAUCGCCAAGGUAUGUUUUGAAUAUACUUUGGGGAUCUUCCAUCAUCAGAUACUUUUAAUAAAUGUUGACACUGGUAUGUGAA